GGCCUCAGGGCAAGUUCGUUUGGAUUCUUAGAACAUAGCUCCGGUGCUAUGUUAUGUCCUAAUAGGGAAGCUUCGUAAUUUUCCACGUCGCCUAACCUUGGCCGCGUUUCUCUCCGCUGCCGUGGAGCUCCCGCUCUCUUGCAGACCGGCUCCAGCGAUGCAAAGAUGUCGCCUUCCGAUGCUCCAAUUCGAUGCGGUUGGUCUCUACUCCUCAAUUACCCGAUGCUUGUUCCGCUUUUCCUCGCCGGCUUCUCGCAGAACGCCCAGUUCCCUGCGGCAGCCCCUUUCUUCUCGGAUUAGCUCCGCCAAAGAUCUCACUGGUAGAACUGGAAGCCAACCUGUCACAUGGUCUUUAUUCAGUAAAAAAAAUCAAUCUUUUAUGACUUCAGCAUUUGCUACCCAAGGAGAACAAGUUGAAGUACUACAUGCUACCAAUGAUGAUCAUGGAGGUGUUGUUGUUGAGGUGAAAGAUCAAAUGGACUCGAGAACUUACGUAUCUUUGUUAAGAGCAUCCUUGGAAAUUUGGAGGCAACAGGAAAAGAGAGGUGUGUGGAUCAAAUUGCCAAUUGAACUUGCAAGUCUUGUUCAACCCACUGUUGAGGAGGGAUUUCGAUAUCACCAUGCUGAGCCAAAUUAUUUAAUGCUUGUAUAUUGGAUACCUGCAACUCAAAAUACAUUACCAGUGAAUGCUACACAUCGUGUGGGUGUUGGUGCUUUUGUCAUGAAUGACAAAAGAGAAGUUCUUGCAGUCCAGGAAAAGAGUGGCAAGUUCCGUGGAUCAGGUGUAUGGAAGUUUCCUACAGGAGUAGUAGAUCCAGGUGAAGAUAUAUUUGCUGGGGCAGUAAGGGAAGUCAAAGAAGAGACAGGAAUUGACACUGAGUUCAUUGAAGUACUUGCAUUCAGGCAAUGCCACAAAUCUUUCUUUGACAAGUCGGAUUUAUUCUUCAUCUGCAUGUUGCACCCCAUUUCAUCAGAUAUCAAGAAGCAAGAUUCAGAGGUUGAGGCUGCUGAGUGGAUACCAAUUGAACAGUUUGCGGCACAACCUUUCGUGGAGAAGCACGAGCUUUUAAGACAUAUUAUUGAUCUCGGCUUGGCCAAGUUUCAAAAAGGUUACGCUGGUUUUUCACCCAUUUGUAUAAAGUCAGCAUUCACCAGCAGGCAGAGCUCCCUCUAUUUAAAUAAGAGGGACCUGAACCAACCAUGAUGACCUGGCAUCUCGCAAGAUGAUGAGAUUGACGUCUCAGAAUAGAUAUCGUGAUGGCGAAUGGAAUAGGUUUGUCUCAGUCGCUGCAGAACAUGUGCAGAGUGUAAAUUCUACAACAGAUAUGCUGAAAAAACAAACACAACUUAAAAACACCACUCGCUAUGGUGGUUCUUCUCGUCGAUCUUUAGCAACUUUAAGUAACUUCAAAGAGCCUGUCAAAUAGCAACACAUUGGUUAGCUAAGACAAUUACAUAGGGCAGAUGAAUAACUGAAAGUACAGAGAAAAAGGUUCAUCUCAAGUUGAGUCUUUGAGUUUGAAACUGAAUGCGACAAGGUUUGCUGCGGUCAAACCAACAAAAUAUAAGCGGUUUUCAUGGUUCGGUCUA